CUAUAAGGUAAAUCUCCACACUCGUGCAAUCUCUCUGAGUCUCUCUCGCACAGACGAAGCCAUGAUCCGGGUACCCAGAGACGAUGCCAAGCGCGGAGGUGGAGGCAGAGGCAGAGGAAGGGCCAAUUGGCUCGCGCGAUUAGAUUCCGGGCGGGGGAAGAAUCCAGCCCAACCGGCGGAGCUCCGAGAUGAGAAGAAAGAAACAAAAGCUGUCGAAAGCUCUAUGAGCAAACUCCAACUUGGUGAUGAUACUCCUACUUCAAAGAAGAAACGUUACCGUGAGUCAAAGAAGAAACGUUACCGUGAGUCUAAGAAAUGCCAUUCUCAGAAUCAGCAUUGUGCAGUUUGCCUUAAGGACGGCCACCUCCAACAUCUGUGUCCCUACCGGAAACGUGUCCCGUUGGGCGUAACUGAAGUUGGAAAGGGCUAUAUACUAAUUUGUAGGACUUGUGGUUUAGUGGGUAACGUCUGCGGUCAUGGCCGCUCUUAUGCUCGUUUCUAUAGGCGUGCUGCGGCUCUGCCACAUGAGUACCCAACCGACGAGGAAGUGGAGCAAUUCAUGGCAAGACAGAGAGAAAUGGCUGAAAUGUCCAGGGCACGAGUGGAGAGAGGUGAACCAUCCUUAUGGGAUGAUACCGAUUCCAAUUCCCCUUCUGUUAUCUCUUCCGAUUCCUCUUCUGAUUCCUCUUCCGAGAUAUAAUCGUAAUGAAGCUUAGGAUUGGAACAUGCGGUGGCUGCAGCUGUUGGAUUGCCUUUUCUGUUCAUUCAUGGCGGAUAGAUACUACUUUGUUGAUUGUUUUCUCGUGUUUAAUUACGUUCUUGGAAUAGCUAGUUGCUCAUGUUGGUCGGAUUUCCUUUGCUUGUAGGCUUGUACUGCUUGUCUUGGAAUAACUAUGAAACGAAUCAACCGCUAUCAAAUACUAAUCUCAUCAGAAUUGUUCAGUUA